CCGCGCUCCGCCUGUGGCUGGGCUGCGUCUGCUUCGCGCUGGUGCAGGCGGACAGCCCCUCAGCCCCAGUGAAUGUCACCGUCAGGCACCUCAAGGCCAACUCUGCAGUGGUCAGCUGGGACGUCCUGGAGGAUGAGGUCAUCAUCGGGUUUGCCAUCUCUCAGCAGAAGAAAGAUGUGCGGAUGCUCCGCUUCAUCCAGGAGGUGAACACCACCACGCGAUCGUGUGCGCUCUGGGAUCUUGAGGAGGACACAGAGUACAUUGUGCACGUGCAGGCCAUCUCCAUCCAGGGCCAGAGCCCAGCUAGCGAGCCUCUGCUCUUCAAGACCCCACGCGAGGCUGAGAAGAUGGCGUCGAAGAAUAAAGACGAGGUGACCAUGAAGGAGAUGGGGAGGAACCAGCAGCUGCGAACAGGCGAGGUGCUGAUCAUCGUGGUGGUCCUCUUCAUGUGGGCAGGUGUUAUAGCCCUCUUCUGCCGCCAGUAUGACAUCAUCAAGGACAAUGAGCCCAAUAACAACAAGGAGAAAACUAAGAGUGCAUCAGAAACCAGCACACCAGAGCACCAGGGCGGGGGUCUCCUCCGCAGCAAGAUAUGAAGCCUUUUCAGUGUGCGCUCUGAGCAGCUCAGGAGACAGUAGAGAAUGUGAGAGGACCUCGUUGUUCUGAUGAUGACUGUCCAACAAAUAUCUGGCCCUCUCUGCAUCUCCUUCCCCGUCCAUCUUCUCCUAUCAUCGGGCUUUACUAUCUUCUCUCUUGGCUUCUCUCUUUCUGAUGUCUUGUCCUGAAGCCUCUCAUUAACCCUUAACUCCAGGAGCACCUCAACAACGCCAGUGGCCGAGGCUGCACCCAGAGACAGAACUGUGGAAUGUGAGAGAGCCAACCCAAGGGAGGUCUUGGCUGUGGACAGACUGGGUGCCAGGGUUCUCAGUCCAGGACUCAUGUCUUGGCCACUCAGCUUGACCAAAGGCUGUGUGUGAAAGGGCAGAGGUGACUUCCAGGCAGAGCUAUUCUUUUCUUCCUGUGGGGACAAGAGCCUGGCAUUUGGGCUAUAGCCCUGCUGGUCCUUCUCUCCUCUGCCCGGUUUCCCAUCUUGCAAGAAGUUUAUUCAACCAGCUCUGGCCACUUCUCUUGUUUGGUCCCUUCCCAGUUUCCAAACAAGCCCUCAGUGAACAUCAUCAAAGUGUGGCUGGCCCCGUCUGCAGGGGGAGGCUUUCAUUCUCUGCUGGUCCCUGUGUCCUUCCUGGGCACAGGGUGAACGUUGACUAAAGUGGUGGGGGCACAGCUAGCCACAGUUCCUCUGCCCCAUCUUAGUCUGAUGAUGGAGGCUGAACUAUAAACCCAAAUUCUGCAAAAGCCAAAAAACCAAACAACAAAGAAAAAGCCACAAAGCUAGAAGGCCUGGUCUGCACUCUGGAGGAGACAACACCAUGCUGCAUGAGACCCAGCCUCCCACCUCCCACUUCUGGACUGGCUUCCUCUUUGAGAUAAUGUGCAAAGCUCUGGGAGAGAGCAAGCACCAAGAGUGGCUUGAGCUGUGUCGGUUCAACCAAGUGCUCCAGAGAAGCUGUGGAGCUGCCUGCUUCUCAGGGUCCUGACUCCAUCAGGCCCUUUCUAGCCCAGUCAGAAAGGACAUCUGCGGUGUGAGGCACACCUUUGCAAUGCGUGUGAUGUUAUUGUUUUGCCGCUUGGAAAACAGUCAGAGGGCUGCACUCCAGAGGGCAGAGGCUUCUGCGGAGGCCUGAGCUGAUUGCUGGUGUCUUCAGUCUUUGCAGUGAUAUCAGGACGGAUUCUGAGAAGACCUGGAAGGUGGUGUCUCAGCACUGCAGCAGCGUCAGCUUGGGAAACCGGAAAGGGCACAUCUAUAGCCUACACCCUAGGGGCUGCUGAGCGACCUGCUGGAAAGCCAUUCACCAGGCAGAGAGCAGCUUUGCUGUCACUACUGGCCCCUGAGUCUUUGGAUCUUGCCGUCUCAUUCAGGGUCCUAUGAAAGUUAUCCAGGGUUCUCAUGCCCUUCCCUAGAGCUUGAAGUGUGAAGUGACAGCUAGUUCUCCCUGUUACCUAUUCUUUUUCCUCUCCUCUGCCCCUUUCUUUUCUCUUUUUUUCUUUUUUUUUUUUUUUUUUUUUAAAAAAAAAAGGUGCUUGAUGAGGCAAGCGGACUUCUCUGGGAUAUGCACCAUGGCUGCCAAAUACCUGCCUGGGAAAAGUAGACUCUACAUCUUCCAUUGUUGGCUAAGGUCAUGUAGGAGGCUGUUCCCAGCACAUAGCAGGUGCUUGGUCAUUAUUUGUUGUACUGAAUGAUGCACACUGGUGCCCAAGUCAGAGAGCUGAAAGCCAUCACCCAGUGACUGCCCCUUCAUUUGGGUCUAUAACAGCUCUCAGGACUGGAUCAGCCACCACUGCUUGCUCCAAGUGUGGCGGCACAGGAGAGACAGAUCAGGGCAGAUGUCAGCAAAACAAAGGGCUUCCUCCUGGGAGGGCAUGAGGUUCCACUCAUUGUCUUGUGACUUCCAUCCCUGCUGAAUGGGGCUGCAAGGCCAAGGCUCCUUAAGAAAGGUCCUUACCUCGAUCCAGUUAGAGCAAUAACCACUUUUUAAAUGUAAAAUAAAGACAAAUGAAAAGGCA